AAGGAAAACGAAAACGAGAAUGGACGCGCGGACCACGCGGCGAAACGGUCAGGAUCCUCCUUCCGCCCCACUCUCUUUUAAGCCCCCCAUCCGCCCGUACUCGUCGGCGCCGUGCAGUUGAGUGCUCGCUGCUCCCUCCUCCUCCCCUCCAAGAUUCUUCUUCGACCCCUCCCGAUCUCCAAGGCGCCGCCGCGCGCCAGAUCUCCUCCGCGCGCCCGCGGUGCGCCCUCGCCGCCUGCGCGAUCUGCCUGGCCAAGAUGGCGACCUAUGAGCCCAAGAACAUCCUCAUAACUGGUGCUGCGGGUUUCAUUGCAUCCCAUGUGGCAAACCGGCUAAUUAGGAGCUAUCCUCACUACAAGAUUGUUGUCCUUGACAAGAUUGACUACUGCUCCAACCUGAAAAAUCUCAACCCUUCCCGGCCAUCACCAAAUUUCAAGUUUGUCAAGGGUGACAUUGCAAGUGCUGAUCUGGUGAACUACCUUCUCAUCACUGAGUCCAUUGACACCAUCAUGCACUUUGCUGCCCAGACUCAUGUGGAUAAUUCGUUCGGCAAUUCAUUUGAGUUCACAAAGAACAAUAUAUAUGGUACCCAUGUUCUCCUUGAGGCAUGCAAGGUUACUGGCCAGAUCAGAAGAUUUAUUCACGUCAGUACUGAUGAGGUGUAUGGAGAAACUGAUGAGGAUGCUGUGGUUGGUAACCAUGAGGCCUCGCAGUUGCUUCCGACAAAUCCAUAUUCAGCUACGAAAGCAGGGGCUGAAAUGCUUGUGAUGGCUUAUGGGAGGUCUUAUGGUCUUCCUGUGAUUACGACUCGAGGCAACAAUGUGUAUGGGCCAAAUCAGUUCCCUGAGAAGCUCAUCCCAAAAUUUAUUCUUUUGGCCAUGAAAGGCCUGCCCCUUCCAAUUCAUGGUGAUGGCUCUAAUGUCAGGAGCUAUCUGUACUGUGAGGAUGUUGCUGAAGCUUUUGAGGUAGUUCUUCACAAAGGAGAGGUUGGACACGUGUAUAAUAUCGGUACUGUGAAGGAGAGGAGGGUAAUUGAUGUGGCGAGUGACAUAUGCAAGCUAUUUGGCUUGGACACCGAAAAGGUCAUCAGGUUCGUCGAGAACAGGCCCUUCAAUGACCAGAGGUACUUCCUGGAUGAUCAGAAACUGAAGAAGUUGGGAUGGGCAGAGCGCACAACAUGGGAAGAGGGUUUGAAGAAAACAAUUGAAUGGUACACAAGUAAUCCUGAGUACUGGGGCGAUGUUGCCGGUGCAUUGCUCCCUCAUCCAAGGAUGUUGAUGACGCCUGGAGUUGAAAGGCAUAACUGGACUGAGGAAAUCAAAUCUCUUGCUUCUUCGCCAGCUGAAGCCAAGGAAUGUAACACAGUAGCUGCUGCAGCCACUUCCAAUAGCACCAGCAGUGCCCCUCAGAAGGCCACCUACAAAUUUUUAAUAUAUGGUAAGACUGGAUGGAUUGGUGGUCUACUCGGGAAGAUAUGUGAGAAGCAAAGCAUACCUUAUGAAUAUGGUAAAGGGCGCCUACAAGAGCGCUCUCAGCUCCUGCAGGACAUUCGAAACGUGAAGCCGACUCAUGUUUUCAAUGCUGCUGGUGUCACUGGAAGGCCAAAUGUUGACUGGUGUGAGACCCACAAACAGGACACUAUCCGCACCAAUGUUGUAGGCACCUUGAAUCUUGCUGAUGUUUGUCGUGAGCAGGGGUUGCUCAUGAUUAAUUAUGCUACUGGUUGCAUAUUUGAGUAUAAUGCUGAACACCCUGAAGGGUCUGGAAUUGGUUUUAAAGAGGAGGACACGCCCAACUUUGUAGGUUCAUUUUACUCCAAAACCAAAGCCAUGGUGGAAGAGUUAUUGAAGGACUAUGAUAAUGUCUGUACUCUUAGAGUCAGGAUGCCCAUAUCAUCAGACCUAAGCAAUCCUCGGAACUUCAUCACAAAAAUAGCCCGCUAUGACAAGGUGGUGAACAUUCCUAACAGUAUGACAAUUUUAGAUGAACUCUUGCCUAUCUCUGUAGAGAUGGCAAAGCGGGAUUGUAGGGGCAUAUGGAAUUUCACCAACCCUGGGGUUGUCAGUCAUAACGAGAUUCUGGAGAUGUACAAGGAAUACAUCAACCCGGACUUCAAGUGGACCAACUUCACGCUCGAAGAGCAGGCCAAGGUUAUAGUUGCACCAAGAAGCAACAACGAAAUGGACGCGUCAAAGCUGAAGUCAGAGUUCCCUGAGCUACUGUCCAUUAAGGAAUCUUUGAUCAAGAAUGUCUUUGAGCCAAACAGGAAGGUUUCUACUAAUUGAAGAUUCAUGUGACACAGGUCUGCUAGAAGCUAUUUCUAAUUAGCUAAUAUAUUUCACGGUGGCAGCUGUGGCCAAUUCUAUUGUGGUAUAGCAGCAGGCAUACAUAUUUACGAUUUUUUGUUACGCAUUAUGUUUCACUUGAGUAUUACCAGAUGUUCUAUGUAGUGGUGGAUAUGUUCAUUGGCCUGGUUAUCUAUUGAGAACAGAUCUUAAAAUCUUUUCCAUUUAUGAGGUGCCAUUCAUGUA